UGUAUAUCUAAUGUAUGGGUUUUUAGUUCUGAUUCAACUGUUUUUGGAACACCACCUGCUGCAAAAAAAACAUUGCAGUAAGUAAUAACACUAAUAACUAAGCAUAAUCUUCCUCAACUCUACCAGAGUAUUUGUAGAAUUAAUUGGAGUAGUUUGAGUGCAUGCGCAACUUCUGAGGAGACUUGUGAUUUGUUAUAUUCUAUCUUAAAUUCUGCAAUGUACCAAAAACUGCACCAAGGUGCAAUUCAAAAUACCCUCCUUGGUUUAAUAGAAGUAUAAUCUCGGAUUUGAGAAAAAAAUCAUCUCUUUAUCGUUUGUAUAGAAGGACACUAGAGGCUGAAAUUUAUACAGAGUUUAGUAUUCUUAGGUCAAAAAUUAAACGUGACAUUUCAAUAAAUUACAGGAAUUAUUUGACAAAUAUUGAGAAUAGAAUAACUUCUAACCCCAAUUAUUUUUAGCAGUAUAUAAAUUCAAGGAAAGACUGCAGUAGUAUACCAAAUGUUAUGACUUUUGAUAAUAAUUAACAAGACAUUGUCAAUGCAUUUGCUACAUAUUUUCAGUCAUCGUACACUAACUCGUCUAAAAUUGAUAUGUCUAAACUAGAUAAUGUUGUUAAUAUUAACACUUGUAACAUUCCGCUACUUACAGAAGAUGUCAUUAAAGGUCUUAAAAGAUUGAAACCUAAAGAUGCUAGAGGGCCAGAUGAUAUUCCGGUAUUUUUAAUAAAGGAUUGUGCAAAUAUUUUAGCCAACCUUUAACCAUGGUCUUUAAUAUGUCCUUACGAGAAAGUUAUUGGAAGAUAUCUAAAAUCUGUCCAAUCUUUAAGAAAGGAUCCAAAUCUAUCAUAGAAACCUACAGACCUAUAUCCAUCCUUUGCAAUUUUGGAAAAGUUUUCGAAAAUGUCAUUUAUGAAAUACUUUUCGCUCAUGUAAAAUCGACCAUAUCUACGGCACAGCACGGCUUUUUUCCAGGCAGAUCCACACAGACCAAUCUGAUGCUUUACACAAUAUGUUGCGGAAAACCUUGAUAGGGGUGGCCAGGUUGAAGCUAUAUAUACUGACUUUUCCAAGGCCUUUGAUCGCCUCGAUCAUAGUGCAUACUUUUGAACAAGCUUUCCAUUGUUGGACUCACUAAGUCUUUUCUGGGAUUCUUUGAAUCAUAUUUAAGUAAUCGUAAAUUGAAAGUUGAAUACCAUGGUUUUCAGUCAAUUUGUAUAAAAGCUUCUUCCGGUGUCCCUCAAGAUUCAGUUCUAGGACCACUUUUAUUUUGUAUUUUUGUAAAUGACAUUACUGAAAAUCUAUCAUGUAAUACUCUAUGUCGAUGAUUUAAAAUUGUUUAAAUCAAUCUCCAGUGUUGAUGACUGUUUGAUUAUGCAGGAGAACUUAAAUAAAUUGAACCUCUGGUGUAAUUCUAACAACUUACCACUAAACGUAUCUAAGUGCAAUUCUAUCAGCUUCACUCGUAAACUAAAUCCGAUUGAGUAUAAUUUCACUGUCAACAAUAUUAACCUCCAUAAAUGUCUUUCUUUUAGAGAUCUUGGUGUUCUUUUCGACGCUAAGUUAAACUUUAUUGAACAUGUCAAUACUAUUCAGAAAGAAGCAUACAGAAAUUUGGGUUUUGUCAUUCGAAAUGGACGCCAGUUCUCUGAGCCUAAUACUUUAAAAACUAUUUUUAACGCUUUUGUACGUAGUAAACUAGAAUAUGCGUCCAUUGUUUGGAGUCCUGGAUAUGAAGUACAUAGUCAGGCAUUAGAAAAAAUUCAGCGAAAAUUUGUCAAAUAUUUGUGAUGCAAGCUAGAUGGCGUCUACCCUACUUGCAAUAUUCCGAAAACCAUCUUGCUGAAUAGAUUUGAUAUCCUUGAAUUACGUACUCGCAGGAAAUGUUAUUCCAUCUGCAUUCUUUACAAAUUAUUAAAUUAUAAAAUUGACUGUCCCGAACUACUUCGUCAAUUAAUGUUCAAUAUUCCAAGUAUCAGAACUCGCUCCCCUUUGUAUUUCUAUUUUCAGACUCCCAGGACAAAUAUUUUAAAAUUUUCUCCAAUGUAUUUUAUGUAUCAAAAUUUUUGUGAACUUCAAAAUGAUGUUGAUUUAUUUUCUAUUUCAAUGUAAUUUUUUCUCCUAAAGGAGUUUUUUUGCGUUUUCAUAUGAUGGUUAAAACGUUUAUUAAACUAUUU